GGCGCCCCCCGCGGCCCAGACGCGCACGGGCCCGCGGGGGCGGCCGGAGGGAGCCGCCUCCCCCGAGCGGCGGCGGCGCGCGCGAUGCUGGCGGGCUUCCAGGUCAACGUGUCGCACCAGGAGAUAGAACGCAUCGUGUCGGAGGUCGAAAAGUGGUACGAGACCGCGCAGGAGCAGGCCGGCGUGGAGUGGCUGCCCACGGACGGGAUCAGCAAUUUUCUGUUCAAUGAUCUCGGGUACGAGGACAUGGACGAGUUCGAGGACGCCAUCCAGGGCUCCUUCCAGGACUUCCUAGGCGCCUUCCCGCACAUCGACGUCCGCGAGGAGGGCGAGAAGGUCUUCUUCAAGGUGCGCCGUCCUGAGCCGGGCCCGCCCAGGAAGCUGCGCAUGACGAUUACGUCGUCCAAGCAGCUCAUAGACACCACCUUCCUGAAGGCGCCGGACGCGCACCUGGAGGUCCCCGCCCUGGAGUUCAGCGUGGGUGCCGACCAGAAGAGGCACAUCGAUUCGCUUUACAAUCACGUGGUCGCGGCCCGGGACGACCUGGAGCUUCACGCCCAGUCGUUGGGUGACACUUCCGAGGAGAGGCAGGCCAUCCUCGACACCGUGCAGGGGCUGACGUCGCUGCUGGACGUGGACACGCCUUUCGAGAUAGUAGUCACCGACCCGUCAGGCUUGUCAGACUUCAGACCCAUGGACGACGUGAAGGUGGAGGAGGGCCCGCUGUGACGCCCGCCGCGCGCUCCGCGCCGCGCGCCGCGCGCGCCCGCUCCGCGCGCGCUCGGAGCGCGGCCGCGCUGGGGCUGCCCGCGGGGGUCGCCGCGCAG